GGGAUCCCCCCACAGUUCUGACAGUAUUUCUGGGGCCACAGCCAGAGAGGGAAGAACGUUAACUUCAGCAAUAUAAAACAACUUUUUCAGAAAGUGUUAUUGGGAAGUUAUUGAGGGAGAAAAAGUUAUUGAAGGGGAGAGAGUAUAACGGGAAAAAAUUACACAAGACGGAGAGGGUGAGAAAGCAAGAGACCUCCUCUACAUGGGUCAUUUCAUCGGAGGCACCGGUCGUCGGCAGUUCAAUUCUCAGAUGGUCCAUGUCAAAAGGAGGGCAGGGGGAGUUAUUGCAGCAGUGGAGUGAACAUUCAAAAAGUUGAAGUUCAAAGAAAGGAAGGGAGGGUUGCAUGUUUUUGGUAGACGGGAGGGGAGCAGCAUGCACGGCACAUGCUAGGUUCCCAGUGUUUACAACAGAAUCCACCCAUGAUACUGCAAAAACAGAAAUAAUGGACAAGAAAAGUGCAAAUGGCUUUCCUUCCAAGGCCACAGAUAGUGGAGUACAGCGUAAACAGCUGCCAUAUUCUGUCGAGACCCCCUAUGGGUUUCACCUGGAUCUGGACUUCCUGAAGUAUGUAGAUGACAUAGAGAAAGGGAACACAAUCAAGAGGGUGCACAUCCAACGCAAGAACAGGGGCCCAAAGUACAGCACACUGCCACGCAACUUCAGCCUUCCUGGGCAUGGCGCGCGACCUCUAGCCAAAGACACAUGGGCCAAUACUUCCACUUUAGGGUCCAAACCCAAGUCACGUGUUACUGAAGUCCAACAGCUUUUUGAGUUUCGAGCUAGCGAUGCCACUAGUGUUAGCAGCAGCACCACCAGUGGAAGCUCCCAUACCAGCCAGUCAAAGAUGCCUGUGAGUGCUUACCUCCCCUCACCAAAGGCUGCAGAAGAGACUCAAGUACAGACCUCAUCUGAGAACGAACAGUCCAUGGGCCUUAACGUUAGGCCUCACCUGUUAAGAGCCUCCAGCAUGCCUAUUAAUGUUCCACGUAGGAAAGGUUCAGAUUCAACUGAUGAGCAGAGUUCCCAAUCGCAGAACGGCUCAGCUGAGAAGCUUUUUCGACCAGCGGAUGGAGGUGACAGGAGAGGCAGUGUUCCCCAGGACAGGGCCAGCUUGCAUCAACAGAUCACAGCUGCGCUGAAACGGGUGCGUGAGUUAGAAGAGCAAGUCAGGACCAUCCCUGAGUUGAGGGCUCAAAUAUGCUCUCUUAGAACAGAGAGGGAAGAACUGCUUCAAAGAAUUCAAGAACACAAGUCAGCGCAAAAGAGUGAGGUUCCUCAAACUGAUGCGCAAGACCGUGCUGUUCCUCCAGUUGUAAGUGAAAAGAAAGCUGCUCCUUCCAUUCACACAGAUGGUGCAGCUGAUCAAGAAGGAGUUCAGUCCAACAAAACCACAGAACAACAGGAACAAGAUCUUGUGGUGCAGGUUACUGUAGAGCAGGAGUCUAAAAAAGUAACUGAUACAGAACAAGUGCCUGCUCCGGUGUCUGUCCCAGUAAUACUCAUAGACAAAGCAGAAACUCCAACUGAUCCAGAUGAAGAAGAGAGGCUUUUGCAAGAGACUACACUUCAAGAAGAAGCAUCAAAGAGUCUUCCAGAGCAAGCAGAAAUGCAGGAUAGAUCAUUGUCGGAAGAUAAACAGUCAACACAGUCACAAGGGAUUUCAGAAUCAGAGGAAUCAGUCGCUGCAUCUGAAUGUACAUCCACUCAAGAAGAUGCUUCAGUUGUUGAUGGCCCAAGUGUAAUUACGACUGAAGAAAAUACAAUAGCCCAACCUGCUGAACAGAAUCUUCCCACUAACCUGGAGCUGGAAGCAAAACUGAAAACUUUGGAAGAGAGUCUUAGUAAGGCCAGUUGUGAACUGGAAAAGACAAAUGCCUUACUGAGAGAGCAGAUGGAUGAGAAUAGACGAAAGGAUGAGAGAAUACAGGAACUGAUUGACCAAGUGAAGGAGCAGAAACUUCAAGCUCCAAUCGAGCCAGUACCUGAACCAGUUGUCACAUGUGAUGCAUCAGUCAGCACAGACAGCAAAAGUGUCCAGGAGAAAGGAAUCUCAACAGAACCUCAACCAGCUGAGGCUCCCAAAGAAACAGACUCUAAAUGCUCGAGCACUCAGACAAAUAUAGUAGAAGCUCGAGACAUGGAAGUAUUAGCACAAGUCACUACAGCUGAGAAAAUUGUAGGGGUAGAGAUUGUCAUGUGUGACCAGGCAAUGGAGACUGAAGGCCAGGACAAUCUAGAGGUUAACAGUGGUCCAAAAGUUUCUGAAAUGCUAGAGAAGACAGAUUCUGUAAAAGACGUUGAAGAAGAAGAAGAGGGUGAUAUCAAAGAUAGUGUGUCCAGUCAGAUCAUAGAUACCAAAGUUAGUGAAACUCUUAUUGCAGAGAGUGACACUGAAGAAUACGUCAUGGUAGAAAGUACCAUGAUUGAGACUAUGGGCAGUGAAAAUGAAGUCCCUAAGCCUACAGUCCAAGAGAGCGAAUCUAAAGAGAGUCCGGUUGUUGAAAGCACAGUAACAGACAAAGCAAGAGGAGAAAGAUGUUCAGCUUUGCAAACACAGCAGGAACCAAGAGAAACACAAGUACAGGAACCCCAGUCUCAAAGGGCAUCUGAAGCUACAGCCUCUCCUGCUGCAAUCGGUCAAGUUGUUAAUCGGAUACAGGGCCUUCUUAACGAGCAGUGGGCCAGUCUGGGAAGUGGAGGCCAGGACGCUAAAGGAGAGAGCUCUCAGAAACCUCAUUCUUCCAAAAUCAGCUCAAUUCAAAGCCACCUGAGAGGGUCCCUCAGUGCCCUGUCUGCCUUUUACUCACCUGUUCAGAAAGGAGGGGCUACACGACAAUCAGGCCUCAAAUCCAUCAUGAAGAAGAACGACUGUCCUGACAAGCAGGGCAAUGGGGGAACGAAGAAGAACUUGAAGUUUGUUGGCGUAAAUGGAGGCUAUGAGACCACCUCCAGUGAGGACUCCAGUGGGGAGGAGGAUCAGGACGAGGUUGAGGAGGUGGAUAGCUCGGAGCCUGAGGUGGAGCAGGGAGAGGAGAGUGAAAAUGCCCAGGAGGAGGCUGCUGCUACUGGGGAGCAAAGUGAAGGGGUUCAGGCAGAGGUGGCAGAGGGCUCUAAGGAGCCUGAUGCUGCCCAGGCUGCUAUGAGUCCCCAGGAGGAGCAGCCUGUCAGUGAGUUAGUUGAUAAGAACUUCAUGGCUGCUUGUCAUUUCCUGAAGGAUCGCAUGGCUGAAGUUGCUGCCCCAAAUAAAGACAUGAGGCAGGUUCUGAUGGUGUUAUAUCAGGAGUGGUUCCGCGUGUCCAGUCAGAAGGACUCUCAGGCAGAGACGGUCACGUUGUACCUGAGGGAGGUGGGCUAUCACACUCCCACGCUGCUGCGGUAUAUAGUAAACCUGGCGGAUGGUAAUGGAAACAUGGCGCUGCACUACAGCGUGUCCCAUUCCAACUUCUCUGUGGUCAAGCUGUUACUAGACACAGGACUGUGUGAGGUGGAUCACCAGAACAAGGCGGGCUACACUGCUAUAAUGUUGGCAGCUCUUACUGCCGCAGAGAGCCCUGAGGACAUGGAGGUGGCUCAGCAGCUACUGAGAAUGGGCAAAAUCAAUGCUCGAGCCAGCCAGUCAGGGCAAACAGCACUGAUGCUUGCAGUUAGUCAUGGCCGGACGAUGAUGGUCCAGGUUCUUCUGGACUGCGGUGCUGAUCUGAACAUACAGGACCGGGAUGGAUCCACUGCUCUGAUGUGUGCCUGUGAGCACGGCCAUACUGAGAUAGCCAAAAUACUGCUGGACAGACCAGAGUGUGACAUAUCACUCACAGAUAAGGAUGGAAACACAGCUCUGUCGGUUGCCAUGAAGGCUUCCCACUCUGAGAUUGUUGAACUUCUGAAAGCUCGCGCUGAUCCAGCCACGGUCACAGAUCCUACAGCUCCGCUCUGAGUCCAAAGGCCUCGUCUUCAUGCCCAACUGGUUCCGCCAGAUUCAUCUUUCUCCUGCCUUGACCUGACUCGCUGACCAGGCCAGCAGUCAACAAUAGAGAGACAGUACUUACCAGUAAUUCGCAGAUUCUCAGUUUGAGAAACAGCCAAUGAGAAAUGUACUUCCGUACGCCAAUCAAAGAUGCCAUGGAGGGUGGGCUUCCCUAAACUCCCCAGAAGGUCCCCGAUUGUCCUAAAGCACAGCUACUGUAGCUAUUUAGCAGGCAUGGUACAUUGUUACAUGUUUUGGCCUUCUAUUUUCAGGUAAUGUGACUAUAUUUUUGUUAGGUGAUCAAGCGUAAUCUACGAAUGUUAUUAAAGAAGUGAUCAGAUACACACUAUAUUUAUUUUUCUUGCACUUUUCUCUAAUAUUUCCCCCAAGGCCUGUCUUAUAACCUGAUGUGUCUUCCUAUAUGAGGGUUUUCGGGUCAGGCUCAGUACCGAACCAUUCCUUGCCUUUAUAGGUAGAACAGGGAAAGGAGUUUUAGUCACACAAUUGUGUUGCCAGUAUGUCUCCCAUAGUAUUUUUAAACCCCAACAAAGAGCCAAGCACUGAAAAAGAAAGGAAAAAGAAUUUAUUUUAAAGGAAUAGUUCAUCCAACUAUGAAAAAAUGAUGAAAAUGUACUCACCCUCAGGCCAUCCAAGAUGUAGAUGAGUUUGUUUCUACAUCUGAACAGAUUUGGAGAAAUUUAGCUUUACAUCACUUGCUCACCAGUGGGUCCUCUGCAGUGAAUGGGUGCCGUCAGAACGAGAGUCCAAACAGAUGAUAAAAGCAUCAGAAAAAUCCAUCAGUUAACUGUUGAUCAAUGAUGUGUAUUUGUAUUAAACAAAUCCAUUAUUAAGAUGUUUUUAACUUUAAACCAGUGAAAACAUUUUGUCUGAAUAAGGAGAGAAAUAUGCACACUGUUUACAAGUGACAACAGUACAAAACAGUUGUAAACAAAUAUGUCGGUGGAUUUUUGAUGUGAGAGGACAACAGGGGAUAGACGUUUUCACUAGAGGAAGCAUUAUUGUAGAUUAUGGACUUGUAUUUUGGCCAGAAGUAACAUUUUAAAAUUAAAAUGUCUUGAUGGAUUUGUUUUCUGCAGGUUUUUGCUUCAUAAGAUGUUAAUUGAUGGACUGAAGUAGAUCAAUUGUGAUGUGGAUUACUUGUGAAUUAUUGUGAUGUUUUCAUCAGCUGUUUGGACUCUCAUUCUGACGGCACCCAUUCACUACUGAGUAUCCACUGGUGAGCAAGUGAUGUAAUGCUACAUUUCUCCAAAUCUGUUUUGAUGAAGAAACAAAUUCAUCUACAUCCUCUAUGGCCUGAGGUACUCACGUACAUUUUCUGCAAAUUUUCAUUUUUGGGUGAACUACUCCUUUAAUUACUUUUGGUAAAAUACCAUUUAUCUGAAUGGUUUAAAAUCUUUUUUCUGUCCUAUUGUUCUCUUCGCCCAAGGAAAAAGGCGGUGUGGAAUAUUUCAUAACUACAGUGACAAAUUAUUAUAGCAAUCAGGCCUGAGUUGUCCUUUAUAAUUUAUUCACUGUCAAAGUUUACCAUAUACUCUAACCUGCUGCAAUAUUAACUUCUCAUCCUGCAGAUUGUAUAUUAAACAAAGAUUUACAGUUUUCAGUUUCCCCUGCAGAGAGAUUUAAGCAGGACAUAAUAACGGACUGGACUGUAGUUGCAUUUUCUGUACAUUGUGCCUGCUUAAAAUAAAGACUUCAACCGUUGUGAUGAAGAGAUAUGUUUAACGACAAAUCAAUAACUCAGCCGGACAAAGUAUAAAUCUAUAUAUGUAUACUGUGCAACAGUAUCUUGUGGGAGGUGCUGUGAAUUAAUACCCUGAAAUGUAAUGACUAUUUAUUUCCAAUUCUAUAUUUUUGAGUAUAUACAAGUAUAUGCAUGGAUAAAAUAUUGACUUAAUAAAACAUGCAUUUUGUAUUUGU